CAAUUCUCUUCUCGCCCUGAAGUUACAGUUUCUCCGGAUCGCUGAUUUUGCGUGCUGCUAAAAUAUUUUGGACAAUCGUCGUGUCAAAACAUGUGAACCCGUUGCGUUCCGGGUUCGUUGCAGUGAUGUUCACGGUUCGCACAUGGAUCCCGCCCAUCAAUAUGUGCUUGUCUCAACGACAUGACGUGAUCAUGAUCUCACCGCAAGACCCCAAAGCUGUGUGAAGGGGCGUGGUUCCUCAGCGUGCCGUCACCAUGGGGAAGCUACUGUCCAAAAUUUUUGGGAACAAGGAAAUGAGGAUUCUAAUGCUGGGACUUGAUGCAGCUGGAAAGACAACUAUACUUUACAAAUUAAAGUUGGGACAGUCGGUUACUACCAUUCCUACAGUAGGCUUCAAUGUGGAGACGGUCACUUACAAAAAUGUCAAGUUCAACGUUUGGGAUGUUGGAGGACAAGACAAGAUCCGUCCUCUGUGGCGGCACUACUACACGGGCACGCAGGGUCUCAUCUUUGUGGUCGACUGUGCCGACCGGGACCGCAUCGACGAAGCCCGCCAGGAGCUGCAUAAGAUAAUCAACGACCGGGAGAUGAGAGACGCCAUUAUCCUGGUCUUCGCCAACAAGCAGGACCUCCCAGAUGCUAUGAAGCCGCACGAAGUCCAAGAGAAGCUGGGACUGACGCGCAUCCGCGACCGCAACUGGUACGUGCAGCCGGCCUGUGCCACGACGGGUGACGGACUCUUUGAAGGGCUCACCUGGCUCACGUCAAAUCACAAGUCUUGAGGAUCCCCUCCUACGCCCCAUCCCCCGAAACGACGGCCCACUCGGCCCACCUUCCGUUGUUGGCCGGCAGUGUUAGCAGCGCUCUCUUCUGGCUUCACCUCUUUAUCCCCCCCCCCCCCUCCCACUAUCGUAGGUUUUACUGGACUCUGAAAAAAACAAAACAAAGAAAGACUGCAAGAAAUCCUAAUGCUGUCACUCUUCCAGCAGCCACCCCCCCUGGUUUCCUCCUUGCCGAGGAUGGGACGUUGAGGGGGGUGGCUCAACCGUGCUGUGGGUGCUUGGUUUCACAAGCUGUCCCCUCCCUCUCCCGACCAUCUGUUCCCACACGUUUCUUAUUGGCUCUCCACCUUGGGGUGCUGCCUGUGUCAUUGCAUUGUGUAAAGGGUUUGCAAACGCAUCUGACCUUUUUAUUUUUUAUUUUAUUUUUUUUCCUCAAUUUUUGUCGUUGAGAACUCUGCCCUCGACAGGACGCCAUCCCCUGUGACACACUUUUGAGAGAUCUUAGAAAGAAAGAAAGAAAAAAAAAACAAGUGACCCGUCGUCAUCCUCGUCUUCCUUUGCGUUACACGAGAUAUCGAGCCGCCGCUUCAACGGUUGGUCGGAUGCGUACACGAUAAGCACCCGCAAGAAGAGGUACCCAGAUUUCGACGUACUAUUCGCGAAAUAGGUAGCGAUAUUUUCAUAGCAACCGUAAGCAGCGUCAAAACUUCGUGCCCCCCCCCAGUAAUUCGUUUCGUACGACCGUGUAAAUAUUGUGGCGACGUCACGGUAGAAUUUCGGAGCUGGCAGACAUUCAGCGAUAUCUCUCUGCUGAAGAAAUUUUUGACGAAAAAAAAAAAAGGUGGGGAAAAAAUAAAAUAAAGCCGGCAUCGACCGUACUCUUACGGCUUUGACCAGAGGAGGGCGUCCAGCUGCGGACCUUUGUCGAUUUCUACGUGUCACACACUACAGGAAGGGGUACACAACCUCCUGGCGCAGCUACGAGCGUAGGUACCGUAGGGGGCAAACUAGGGGCGUUUUAGGUGUGCCCGUCGGGUACCGCUUGUACAUAGUCCUGUCCACGGGGAGGACACUUUGGCACGGUCGGGCUGGAUGCAUGCGCUUGGAGAUAGCAAAAUUCUUGCCCCCCCUCUCCUGUCCGAUAGAAACAGUAUUUUUGUGAGGCAAGGGGGGCAAAUACGUCUCCGUCGACGGAGAGCUUGCAUGGUUGGUUGACAGCUUUUGUCCAAUGCGUAAGGCAAUAAGAGGUUCGUAGGGGGAACGGCGUCUGCUUCUUUGGGACCGAAAGCGGGAGGGCCCCGAAAUGUUGGCGGAGAUGGGAUCAACGGUCGACGUUUGCGACUUAACGGUUUAGGAAGUACCUUUCCCCAGGGGUGUCCCGUGCCCACCCAGUUUCCAUUACUAUACUGAUAUACAUACAUGAAUAUGUAUAUAUAGGUUUUUUAUGCAAUAGUGCGCAUGUUUCGGUGUUUUAUUUCUUCUCUGGAAGCUGGAGUUCGUUGUUUAGUGAUUUUUUUUUUCCUGUAUAGUGCUUUGUUGUAAAUAUUGGCUGCGAAAGCCAGUCUAAUAAAUCAUUCUGAAUUGAUAA